AAUGGCUGUUCCGUUUUAUCUUCACGCUUGCCAAUACUGUGCAUAUGUUAUUGCAAUGAUUGCCAACUUUCUUUUGUUACACUUGAUAAAAGUAAGAGCUGGAGCUUCAUUUGGAAAAUAUCGAAUCUUGAUGAUGUCGCUUGCGAUGUAUGCAAUAUUUUAUGCAAAUAUUGAAAUUUUAACGUUACCGGUGAUGUACAUUCAAGGAUCUGGAAUGUUGUUUUAUGUCGAUAGUCUUUUGAAAUAUCAUGAAAAUGAAGGACUAGGUAUUGCAAUUGUGUAUUGUGGAUGUUUAGCACUUUGCAUUUCCAUGUUAACGACACAUUUCAUUUUUCGAUACAUUGCCGUUUGCAGAUCACAACACCUGAAGUUUUUUAAAGGAAAUAAUAUAUUUUCUCUAUUUGUUCCACCCUUCACGUUGUUUAUAAUCUGGUCCAUUUCAAUGUAUGUCAACUACAGACCUAUUCAACUGAAAAAAGAUUUCUUUCAAAAAAUAGUGAAAGAGUUGUAUGAAGAAGAUAUGGAUAAGAUUGCAUUCAUUGCUCCGUUGUAUUAUACACAUCAAGUUGAUGGUAGGCUGUUACUUCGAUAUACUGAUUUGUUUGGGGCUCUGUUAAGUUGCCCCAUUAUGAGUACUUGCUUCACCACCUGUUUAUUUUGCGCUUUCAAAACGUACAAAAAGCUUCACGACGCGUCUGUUCAAAUGAGCAAGAAGACACGGUCCCUAAGCAAACAAUUAUUUUGGAGUCUUGCUCUUCAAACUCUUCUACCAUGUUUUACGCAGUACAUCCCAGUUGGACUCGUCUUCAUUCUUCCGAUUUUUGAGAUUGAAGUUGGAAAAUACAUCAAUAUUGUCGGAGUCACGUGCAGUUUAUAUCCUGCUUCAGAUCCUCUCAUUGCAAUUUUUAUAAUCGACCGAUUCAGAAAUUAUGUUUUGAGAAAAGAGACAAAAUCUUCUAUGAAGGUUUCAAAAAUUUCACAAACAUACAAGUCAUAUGGGGAUACUUCAAAUGGAUGA